UCUGUCAGAUGUAUUUGUAUCACAGUUUAACCAGUAGCAAGGUUAUAUCUUUUCAGGAAAAGUGGUUGCCAAAUUCUGUGCAAAAUAUCUACAUACACAAGUUCUCAAGUUUGAUCAUCUUCUUGGAGAUUUAACUGCUGCACUUCGAAGAGCAUAUUUUAGAAUGGACGAGAUGAUGCGAGGCCAGAGAGGGUGGCGAGAGUUAGCUGUUCUGGGAGACAAGAUGGACAGAUUCACUGGCUACAUUGAGGGCUUGAUAUGGUCCCCAAGGGGAGGUCAUUCAGAUGAACACGUAGAUGAAUGGACCUUUGAGGAGGGACCACAUUCUGAUUUUUCUGGGCCAACAUCUGGAUGCACAGCUUGUGUGGCUGUUAUUAGGAACAAUCAACUUUUUGUUGCAAAUGCUGGUGAUUCUCGCUGUGUGUUGUCAAGGAAGGGUCAGGCAGUCAGCUUGUCGACUGAUCACAAACCAGGUCUUGAGGAUGAGAAAGAGAGAAUCCUAAAAGCAGGAGGAUUUAUCCAUGCUGGACGAGUAAACGGAAGCUUAAACCUUGCAAGAGCAAUUGGUGACAUGGAAUUUAAGCAAAAUAAAUUUUUACCUGCGGAAAAGCAAAUUCUGACUUGCAAUCCCGACAUCAAUAUUGUGGAGCUAUCUGAUGAUGACGAAUUCAUUGUUAUAGCAUGUGAUGGAGUCUGGGAUUGCAUGUCGAAUCAGCAGCUAGUUGAUUUUAUCCAUGAGCAUCUUAGAACUGAAAGCUGCCUCUCUGCCGUAUGUGAGCGAGUACUGGACAGGUGCUUGGCUCCGAGCACGCUCACUGGCGAGGGAUGCGAUAACAUGACCAUGAUACUGGUGGAGUUGAAGAAGCCCAUUGAGCCGAAUGCUUCUCUUGCUUGACGACCGAUUCUGAUCUGGCACUAGCGUCUCUUGUUGUAUCAUUCUGUAGAUUGGAACUGCAUUGUACAUGAAUUAUACGAUGAAUGACCUCUUCAAGAUUGUAGUCUCUUUUUUUUUCCCUGACUUUGUAAUUGUUUGGGGAUAUCAAUAAAUGUGUGAGACCCACUGCAGCCAAAACUAGUUUAACA